CAAUGUUUAUUUAUAAAUAUUAUGACGUAAGCGGUGGCCACUUACCCAAAACCACGACGAGAGAGGAGGAAGUUCACUACAAGACAAGACAAGACAUGGCUUCAGAAAUUCAUGACAGUACAGGUGACAUAGAUGGUGGAACGCAGUCACCUUCAAAUCACGGCCACAGGGAUGGUACAGUAUCUCCUCCUACUCAUCAAGAUGAUGAUACCAUAAAGGACAGGAGGUUGUGCUCUGCCAGACAAAAGGAUGAUAAAGACGUCACCCAGACUAAAGACGUCCAGACUAAAGACGUCACCCAGCGAAAUAGUCUGAAAGAUGGGUUAUCUAACAUUCCACAACAACAAUGUGAAGAGCAAAAUAAACCUUCUGAUGCUGUGUCCAUUACUGUAACUCAGGAUAGUCAAGGCAUCUCUGAGAUUUUGGGCAUGAUAGCAUCCUCACAGAAUAAAAGAGGCUCUACCAUUGUCUAUCCAGAGGUAAACACUGAUAGCAGAAUGGCAACUAUUUUAAUCUAAUUUGGUCAGAAACAUCCUUUGGGGAAGGGGAACAGAUUUUGCAUAAAUGGUUACUCUGACCCCCAAGGGGCCAAAG